AUGAGUUCGGGAAUUAAAGUAUGCGAUAAUGUUAGGGCGUACCCCGCAGGCGACGCGCAGAUGCAGCACCCGGCGUCUGUGGGAAAUGGACAAGGGUUGCUGCACCAGGGACGGGGGCAGCGUAAGAGGCGAGUCCAGGAGGUGAACUUGAGGAUUGCGAGUUGGAAUGUGGGUACGAUGACUGGGAGAGGACGAGAGCUAGCAGAUGUUUUGGAAAGGAGACGGAUAAAUAUAGCAUGCUUGCAGGAGACGAAGUGGAAGGGACAGAGAGCAAGAGAAAUUGGGGCGGGUUAUAAGUUUUAUUAUUGCGGCUGCGAUGGGAAAAGAAAUGGCGUAGGUAUAGUGUUAGAUAGAGAGCUCAAGAACAAGGUGACGGAUGUGAAUAGAGUGAAUGAUAGAGUUAUUGUAGUAAGACUGUUGAUGGAAGACUCGGUUUUAAAUAUAGUUAGUGUGUAUGCGCCGCAAACUGGAUGCGAUGACAGUAUGAAAGAAAGGUUUUGGGAGGAUUUUGAUGCGGUUAUAAUGAGAGUACCAGAAUGUGAGGAAAUAUACAUUGGAGGAGAUUUUAAUGGACAUGUAGGAAGGAUGAAUGACGGGUAUGAAAGAGUGCAUGGGGGCCGAGGUCACGGAGUCAGGAACCGAGACGGUGAAGCUCUACUGGAAGCAGCCUUGGCCUUUGACUUAGCAAUAGCCAACACAUUCUACCAAAAACGGGAACAACACCUUGUCACAUACCGUAGUGGUCUACACUCUACCCAAAUUGACUACAUUCUUUUAAGAAGAAACAGGCUAAAAUCGGCCAAGGACUGCAAGGUAAUACCGAGUGAGAGUCUUGUCUCCCAGCAUAGGCAUGCAUGGAUUGCAUUAGGCAUGCAUAGCAUGGAUUUAACUCUGAGAGUUCAGAGCUUAAAUAAGAGCCCGAAGCCCCCAGUUAGAACGAAAUGGUACAGACUGGAUGAUAGGAAGAUGGCUGCAGAAUUCCGGGAAAGAGUGAUUGGUAAACUGAUAGAGAUGGGAGAUAUGGUGGGGAUGGGAGUAAACGAGUGCUGGAGUGAGAUGGCAACGUGGGUGCGAAGUGUAGCAAGGGAUGUCCUAGGGGAAACGAAAGAGAAAAGAAAGAUAGAGAGGGAUACAUGGUGGUGGAAUGAGGAAAUAGAAGAAAUUAAGGAUGAGAAAGUAUCACUUGAAGUGUAA